AUGGACACUUCAUUAAGUGGCUUAUUGUUUAAGUCUAUACAAUAUGAGCAAGAAGUGUGGAAAGAAAUCUUAAAGCGACUACUUCAUGUAACUUUGUUUUUAUGUGAGAGGGGUUUGGCUUUUCGCGGAGACAGUAACAGAAUUGGAGACCUUUUCAAUGGUAAUUUUCUUGGACUUCUCGAACUUCUAGCAAUAUAUGAUCCGAUCCUAAAUGACCAUUUACGGAAAGUGCGUCACUCGCAAGAAACCGGUACAAGACUACAGGUACACUAUUUAUCAUCAGAUAUUCAGAACGAGUUUAUAGAUAUCUGCGCAGCCGAAGUAAUAAACUAUAUUCUUCAAGAACGUGAAAAAGCAAAGUAUUUUGCAAUAAUUGUGGAUGCAACCCCAGACUCUGCUCACAUUGAACAAACGGUAUUUUUAAUAAGAUAUGUAAAUUUGACCGAUGAAGCUGAAGGAAUUUAUAAAAUCGAAGAGCGUUUUUUGACAUUUGCUGAUUGUGCUCAAAAAACAGGGGAAGUCAUUACCCAGCUUACAGUAUCAAAACUUGAGCAAUUUAAAAUUCCUUUAGCAGAUUGUCGAGGACAAGGCUACGACAACGGCAGCAACAUGAAAGGUGCUCAUAAAGGGGUGCAGGCAAAAAUACUGGCUGUCAACAAUCUAGUGAUCUAUUCUGCUUGCGCCUGCCACUCUAUCAAUCUUUGCGGAGUGCAUGCAGCUGAGAGUUGUAGUGCUGCCCUUACAUUCUUCGGAGUUAUACAAAAAUUGUAUAAUUUAUUUAGUUCCAGUCCCCAAAGAUGGGAAAUAUUACAGAAGAAAAUAGGUCACUCUCUGCACUCAACCUCUAAAACUCGCUGGUCUGCCAGAAUCGAGAGUGUAAAACCUUUUGCUGCUCAUCUCCCAGGAAUAGCGGAAGCACUGAAUGAGUUGUCACAUCUCAACUUAUCAGCAGAGUCUCAGCGUGACGUCAAUGGGCUCAAGAAUUAUGUACGGACAUUCAAAUGUUUAGUUAUGUCAUCAAUUUGGGUGAAAAUUUUAAAACCUAUUGACAUAGUCAAUAAAAUAAUUCAGGCUCGAGGGGCAACAGUUGAUGUUACUUGCAAAAAUUUAAGUAGUUUAAUAGCAGAGUUGAAGGCUUUACGUGAUGAAGGAUGGGAGAAUAUUUUGAAUGAAGCUGUCAUCGUGGCCAAAAAUAUCGGAUGGCCAGAAUCUUUCCAAGAGGAAACAAAGAGGGGUCGUAAGCGAAGAAAAAUGGCAGACGAAGAAGAAGAUGAAGACGACGGAGCAGGACAAGUAACUGCAGAUGUGACAUUCAAAAGAGAAGUUUUCUAUGUUAUUUUAGAUCAAGUGAUUGAAGACCUAACUGAGCGCUUUAAAUCUAUGCAAGAGCUUUGUGAAAACUUUUCCGUCCUUUGGAAAAUGCGCUCUAUGUUAAAGGACGAAAUUGAAAAACGAGCAACUAAUUUGGUGCGCAAGUAUUCUAUAGAUCUGCAGUAUGAGCUUGUGAAUGAAGCAGAGGAUUUGAAAACCAUUUACGUUGCAAAUUUCGGUGAAGAAACUCUGCAACCUUUAGAACUAUUGAAUGCUCUUCAAAAAAUGAAUCUUGCUUGUUUGUUUCCUAAUUUGUGCAUCGCUCUCCGUAUCUUCCUAACAAUUCCCGCAACAGUAGCUAGUGCUGAAAGGUCAUUUUCUACUCUGAAGCGAGUUAAGAGUGUUCUGCGUUCCACCAUGUCUCAGGAUAGGCUAUCCAGCCUGGGUGUGUUGGCUGUGGAAGCUGAACUCGCGAGACAAGUCAACAUGGAGAGUUUAAUUAACGAUUUUGCUUCAAAAAAGGCCAGAAAAUGCAAUAUUUAA